CAGGGUGGACCGUGCAUAGCACACGAACAUGGUGCCAUCACCACGAAAAGGUUAUCCUUUGGAAGCUUUAACACCUCCACAAAAAAUAAAAUAAGAAGCUUUGUUCUCUCAAAACGCAUGCAACAACAUCGAAGUUGAUAAGAAUCAAAACAAGCUUUUUCCUGGUUUGAGAUGGCAUCGUCUAGUGCGGUUUCAGGAGCUACUGUCUCCUCCUUCUUCACCAAAACAUCUUCACCUUCAAACCCAUCUCCCAAACUCCACUCCUCGUCUCCUCUCUUUCCCCAGAAAACUGUGUUUCAGGGAGUUUCGUUGGAAGAUUCGAAGAAGAGUGUAUCAGAGAUCUUCGCUCUCUCCGACAGAAAGAUCGGUGGGUUAAACGUGUCGAGGAGAUUCGAAAUCAAAGCGAGGACAGCAGCUUCUAAGACCAUAGAGGUUGAAGUGGACAAGCCUUUGGGUCUGACUCUUGGACAGAAGCAAGGUGGUGGAGUUGUCAUCACUGGUGUGGAAGGAGGUGGCAACGCAGCAAAAGCUGGGCUUAAAUCUGGAGAUCAAGUUCUGUACACAAGCAGCUUCUUUGGUGAUGAGCUUUGGCCUGCUGAUAAGUUGGGGUUCACUAAAACAGCUAUUCAGGCAAAACCUGAUUCUGUCUACUUUGUCAUCAGCAGAGGUGGUGCGGAUGUUGAUGUGAAGAAGCUAAAUAAGCGUCCGGCUCCUCCUCGGUUUGGAAGAAAGUUAACCGAGACUCAGAAGGCAAGAGCUACUCACAUUUGUCUUGAUUGUGGAUUCAUAUACACUUUACCAAAGCCUUUUGAUGAACAGCCGGACACAUACGUAUGUCCUCAAUGUAUAGCGCCAAAGAAACGGUUUGCGAGGUAUGAUGUGAACACAGGGAAGGCCAUAGGAGGAGGACUGCCUCCGAUCGGUGUUAUUGUUGGCUUAUUGGCCGGUCUUGGAGCUGUUGGAGCUCUGCUUGUGUAUGGUCUUCAGUGACAUUUUUAUAUAGUUUUUUUGUAUACCAAAAAGUCAUAAACUAAGCUUUGUGAUUGUAAACUGAGAAUGUAUAUUGGUGACUUCAUGACAUCAACUUGAGAUUUAAAUUCA